AUAGGGGGAAGGAGACCUUGUUCUUGAGGCAUGGUCAGAUAGGAGAGGGAUAGAUAGUGGGUGUGUGCAAAGACUUAAAAUAUGUUGAAAAGACGCGUGUGUUAUCUUUUCUCCUUGCCACUGGCCAUCCAGUACCUCCCCUCAUGGUGUGUCGUCAGCAGUUUAUCCUGGCAGGAGCUGCGAGGGAAAUGGGAGGAAAUCUGAUCCAUAUGGUGGCACUAUAAAGCUCACCGCUGAUUUGCAGGCUUCAUCAAAACCUGGUCAAGGCUUCAUCACUACUGGCAUCCUCCUCUCACACCUGGUCACUGCACUCUGAACUUCUUACUCUCUCCUCAGCAGCACAAGUUAUCUGUCUGACCCCAGGGGUACCUCAGCAACGGUCUUCAAAGCUUAUUCUCAUUAAAGAGAUAUGAAGAUACUGGGCCAGGUUGCUUUCUUGCUUUUACUUGGAGGAAUCUGGUGUCAGAACAACCGUAAUGCUAAAGCUAGUGGCAGGUCCACCAAGAAGGCUGGUGGGAACCAAGGAGGGGAUGUUGGCCAAUCUCCUCUUGCGGUUGAUAUGACUCCAGGAAGCACAGUGAGCACUAGAGGCACUGGAGGCACAGCUGAAGCAGGACGAGAAGCCGCUGCAGGAGCUCGAGGAGCCGGGCAACAGACAGAUGAUAUGAGGCUGCAUUUCCUCAAGAACACCCAAGUUACAUGUAACGAUGGAACAGCCGCUGGGUUUUACCUAAAGGAGUUCAGAGGAAGCCGCCGAUGGCUGUUAUUUCUGGAAGGUGGCUGGUGCUGCCACAGCAGAGAGACCUGUGAUUCCAGGUACCAAAAUAUACCCCGACUAAUGAGCUCAUCAGGGUGGCCCCGGACAAAAAGAGGAACUGGAAUACUGUCUUCUCAAGUGGAGGAAAACCCUUAUUGGCAUAAUGCAAACAUUGUAUUCAUUCCAUACUGUUCCAGUGAUGUGUGGAGUGGCACUGGGCCUGCCCCAACCCCUCCUCCAAGGCCACGACAAGGCAGAGAAAAAGAGAGAGAUAGAACUGCAAAUGCAACUGAGUACACCUUCAUGGGAUCCCUGAUCAUCCGCGAGGUCAUCAAAGACCUCAUCCCCAAAGGAAUCAAGCUGGCCAAGGUUGUCAUGCUGUCUGGCACAAGCGCUGGUGGAACAGGUGUUUUGCUGAAUAUUGAGAGAGUGGCCAGUCAGCUGGAGCAGCUCGGCGCAGAGGCUCAGGUUCGAGGCCUUGUGGACUCUGGGUGGUUUCUAGAGAGUAAACAGCAGAGAUCACCUAACUGUCCCGAAACCAUUUCCUGCUCACCUGAAGAUGCUAUCAAGAUAGGACUCAGAUUGUGGAAUGGGGUUGUGCCUGAUAGAUGUCGGCAGCUCUAUAAGAGAGGAGAGGAGUGGCAGUGUUUCUUUGGCCACAAACUGUACUCUACCUUGACCUCCCCCCUGUUUGUUGUGCAAUGGCUGUUUGAUGAGGAGCAGCUGAGAGUGGAGAACAUCUACAUGGGAGGACAGAGUCUGUCCGAGGAACAGUGGCAGUACAUACAGAACCUGGGCAGGGAGCUCAAGAACUCACUGACAGAUGUCACGGCUGUGUUUGCUCCGUCCUGCCUCUCCCACACACUGAUUACUAAAAGUAACUGGAUGAAUUUCCAAGUUAGAGGCACCUCUCUGCCACGGGCCCUGCACUGCUGGGACAGGAGUCUGGAGGCAACCCGCAACAACAGAACCCCUGCCAAAGGUUGUCCUUUCCACCUGGUGGACACCUGCCAGUGGCCUCAGUGCAACCCCACCUGCCCAGCCUUGGUGGACCAGGCCACCCAGCAGGAGCUCACCCUGCUCCAGAUGCUGGUAGCCAUGGGCCUUGACCUCCAGAAGCUGGGCCUAGAUCCCCAGGGAGAUGCAGAUUCUCUGGCCAGCAUGGUCAGUAAUGGUGGUUAAGUGUAAAAGUACAUUGGAGCUUAAGAGAUAGACAUGCAAAGGCUUACAAGAGGGGAAAAAAUGUAUUGAAAUUAUAAUGUAACCAUAGAAAUAGUACAGAAAUACGGUUACUAUGUCUUGUGCUGCUCAGCAUUCCAUUAUGCUUCAUGUGUCUGUUAAAUUGGUGACUUGACUGGUGGGUAUGUCACUGUGUCUGAGUGGUUUGGUUGUCCCACUACCUCUUCCACCAGAGGAAGGAGCUUUGGGUCUAAACCAAAGGUGGUUGAAUAGUUUUGAGUUUUAGCAGAUGGCCGGACAUACUGUACCUCACUUUCAUCCUGAUUACUCUACAUGAAAAUUAAACUUCAGAGCAUGGUCGUAGGGUUGAAUAUUUAUACGAAUACGAAUAGAGGCUCCUGGAAAAUGUCAGAGGUACAAACAUGUUGCUUGGACAGGACUCAUGAAAAAUAAACAUUUGCACACCAUAUAGUGUAGUUGUUAGCUUUAAAUAAACAUUUAUUUAUGCUCUUUGAACCUAACAAUCAUACUUUUCGUAUGUGCCAAAUUAUGAGUAUUCUGAUUCUGAAUGUUAUUUUACAUAAAAUAAUAAAAUACAACUCUGUACUCACGCUAACUCAAUAUGAUUUUGCACACACAGUUCCAAAGACACAGAUUGUGAUUUUUCUGACUUUUUUAGUCUGUAGCUCUUGAUGCUAUGCUAACUUAUAUUACAUAAUAUAUAUAUAUAUAUACAGAUUUUAUGUGCAUGUAAGACUAAAGUGUGAUUAGUUAUUGAUAUUUUUCUGUGUUUGUAUUGAAGUCUGCAAUAAAAAGAAAUCAACCCAAGUGAUGAAUAACCAUGGCAUUGGUUAUCCACCACUCAGCUGUCAGGAUAAUCUGACAUACGUGGACAUAAUUCACACUUUCACAGUGUCAUGCUAGUUUUGCAAGGCAUUUACAGACGGUACUGUAACUGUUGUUGUAAUGUUUUAUUUUCAUCUAGGUACUGUAAUAACUGUGUCAACCGACAAGGGUUUGACAAUAAUUGUACCUGCUGGCAAUAAGUAUCAGACUGAGUUGUUGCUCAUGUUGAAACAGGGAAUAAAGAUAUGAAUUGGCUUUGACAACAUGAA